CUACCAAUUUUUGCUUGUAAUCUGUCGGAGCUAUAACCUAAAACGUGAUUAGCGUCAACUAAUUAUUGCAUUAUUAUUGUAUGUUAAAGCUUUUAUAUAAUCGAAAUAAGUUAUUUCAAUAAAUAUAUAAAAAAUGCCGGACCAUUUAGGAGAAGAUAUGCGUAAAGUAAAAACGGAGGAUGAAAAAGAAGAGAAGGAAAUUAAGUCUCUUGAUGAAGCUGAUAUCGCGUUACUAAAAACAUAUGGUCAAGGUCAAUAUACGAAGAGUAUAAAGGCAGUUGAAGAAGAUAUACAAACUAUAAUCAAGCGUGUAAAUGAAUUAACAGGAAUUAAAGAAUCAGACACAGGUUUAGCACCUCCAGCUCUUUGGGAUUUAGCAGCAGACAAACAAACUCUUCAAAAUGAGCAACCUUUACAAGUUGCUCGUUGUACCAAAAUUAUUAAUGCUGACUCUGAUGAUCCAAAGUAUAUUAUAAAUGUGAAGCAAUUUGCUAAGUUUGUAGUCGACUUGGCAGAUACAGUAGCACCAACGGAUAUAGAAGAAGGCAUGAGAGUUGGAGUAGAUCGUAAUAAGUAUCAAAUUCAUAUCCCAUUACCACCUAAGAUAGAUCCAACUGUUACCAUGAUGCAAGUAGAGGAAAAGCCAGAUGUAACGUAUAGCGAUGUAGGUGGUUGUAAAGAACAAAUAGAGAAGUUGAGAGAAGUGGUAGAAACACCCUUACUUCAUCCAGAAAAAUUUGUCAACUUAGGUAUUGAACCUCCUAAAGGUGUAUUACUGUUUGGACCACCUGGAACUGGUAAAACAUUAUGUGCAAGAGCAGUGGCCAAUAGAACAGAUGCCUGUUUUAUACGUGUUAUUGGUUCAGAAUUAGUUCAAAAAUAUGUUGGAGAAGGUGCAAGAAUGGUAAGAGAAUUAUUUGAAAUGGCACGUAGUAAAAAAGCUUGUUUAAUAUUUUUUGAUGAAAUUGAUGCCAUUGGUGGUGCUCGUUUUGACGAUGGAGCUGGUGGUGAUAAUGAAGUACAAAGAACGAUGUUAGAAUUGAUUAAUCAAUUAGAUGGCUUUGAUCCUCGAGGUAAUAUCAAAGUUUUAAUGGCAACUAAUCGACCAGAUACGUUAGAUCCAGCAUUAAUGCGGCCAGGACGUUUGGAUAGGAAAGUUGAGUUUGGUUUACCGGACCUUGAGGGUCGAACUCAUAUUUUUAAAAUUCAUGCGCGUUCAAUGAGCGUUGAAAGGGAUAUUAGAUUUGAGUUACUUGCUCGUUUAUGUCCUAAUAGCACAGGAGCUGAAAUACGGUCAGUAUGUACGGAAGCUGGAAUGUUUGCAAUUCGUGCACGUCGCAAAGUAGCAACAGAAAAAGAUUUUCUCGAAGCUGUGAACAAAGUUAUUAAGUCCUAUGCUAAAUUCUCUGCUACUCCUAAAUAUAUGACUUAUAAUUAACUACAUUUAUUAUAAUGAAAUACAUAGGAAUUUCUUGAUAAAAGUACUGGAUAAUAAAAUAAUAUAAUAUUGAAAAA